AUGAGCUUUAUUGACUUGCAUGGUCCAGAUGGUUUGUGAGCUUCAUGCCAGAUCCUGCUGCUGUCUUGCCUGCCCAGAAUGAGCUCACUGGUAGAAUACGAUGAUUCUGACUCUGAGACGGAAGGAAUACCAAAUUGCGGAUUACCUAGCAAUGUACAUGCUGAGAAUCCCGCUGGACUUGUUAUUCCAUGUGUAGUUAGUAGGCCUCAUUCCUGGAAAAAAGACUCUUCCAGCAAAGUUAGUCAAUUAUCUUCUGUUGACUUACCUGGAAAUCCAGUAGAACGAAAGGAACAUGUAGCUAAAUUCACUGAACGUAGUUUACCAUACAGAAGCCAUUUUAACCCUAUGACUGUUGCAGGCACAUCUGAUAUUAGGAAUCAUGGCUCAUAUAUGCAAAAGAGACCUUCUCUAGAUGAUUCAAAUAGUGAGACUGCUGUCAAACCCUAUAUACCAAAAAGACGGAAGCAAGAGCAGAUGUCCUCAGUUGAAGAUGGUGGAGGAGCUUCAAACCAGACAUCUGUUUCCACAGCUGAUAUAUCUCAAAAUAUUUUCAGAGUUUCAGAUUACCUCGGACCCUAUUUGCCUGUAAAAUACACUUCCACUGAAAUUCCUCAAAAAGUGGUGUUCAUGAUGAAUGAGCACGCGGCUCCAGUGAACAGAGUUCAAUGGAAUCCUCUACGGCAAUACAGUCACCUCCUUCUCUCUGCGUCAAUGGACACAACUAUCAAGAUUUGGGAUGCAGUGGAUUCUGGGAAGUGUUUAAAGACCCUCUCACAUCACUGUCAAGCAGCACGAGACGCUCAGUGGUCUUCGUGUGGACAUAAAAUUCUCAGUGGCGGAUUUGACUCUACUCUUUAUUUAACAGAUGUUGAAACAGGCAAGCAAAUAUACAAAUCAAAAACUGAUUUCAAGGUCAGUGUGGUCCGCUUCCAGCCUCAAGACCUUAAUGUUUUUCUUUGUGGAGGAUUCUCACCUGAGUUAAAAGCGUGGGAUAUAAGGAUGGAAAAGGCAAUUCACACGUAUAAAGCUGCUGUUCAGCAGCAUUUUGAAAUCCUCUUUCUUCCCGGUGGAAAUGAAUUCCUGAGCACUACAGAUUCUGUGAGUCGGGAUUCUGCAGACCGCACCAUCAUCGCAUGGGAUUUUGGCACCACCGCAAAAAUCUCCAACCAAAUAUUUCAUGAACGCUACACUUGCCCAAGCCUUGCCUCGCAUCCGAAAGAAAGUGUCUUUAUUGCUCAAACAAAUGGAAACUACAUAGCUUUAUUUUCAAACCAGCGUCCGUACAAAAUGAAUAAGAAAAAGCGAUUUGAAGGACACAAGGUGGAAGGAUUUGCAGUACAAUGUGAAUUCUCGCCCGACGGGUCUCUCAUCGUAACUGGAAGUUCUGAGGGCAAAGUCUUCUUCUACAACUACCAUACAUCAAAACUUCUUCGAUCCAUCCCUGGCGAUGACAGCGCUUGUGUCAGCGUCACUUUCCAUCCUGUUCUCCCAUCACUCCUUGCAUCAUCUUACUGGGAUGGGAACAUCAGAGUAUGGCAGUAACCAAAGAGCGUGAUUACAUCCCAACGGAAUGCUGUGUGGAUACAUGUAUGUCUGUUGUGUUAAAGUGUGCCUGCCGUGGCACUGACAACAGAGUCCUGUAAUGUAGAGCUGUUAUUUCUAGCAAUUCUAAGUUCAAAUAGCAACAAACACUCAAAGCACUGUUACCAUAACCAUCACAGACCUCUGUAGUGGUUAUGGUGGCAGGUGUGCCCUCCCACAGUUAGUUGUCAUACAGGUCAAGAACAAUUUAAUCUUUUCAACCAUUCCAGCAUGGUUUGACACUUAUUUGGCAAUACCUGUGCUGCAUCCAGUCUUCUAUUGAACCAAACAGAAGACUGGAUGCAGUGUGUGUGCCAGACUGGACCCAGGUAAAUGUCAAACUGUGCUAAAAUGCUAGUAUGGUGCCCAGCCCCCCUCGGCACUCUUUAGAAAGGUAAUAAACUUACCUUUCAGCACCGAGAGGGACUGACAUGGCUUGCCCUGCCACCUUGGCUGAGAUCAUUUGCCCCAACCUAAUGCUUUCCCAUAAUUUUGGAGAAUUCCCAAAGAAAUAGCAAAUUCUAGGUUAAAUUAGCCAAACUGGGGGGAAAAAAACCCAAGCUAGAAUAUUUGCAAUUUUUCUGUCAAUUCUGCACAAUUCCUAAUUAAGCAAAGAGCACUAUAAUAUAUAUUAUGACAGUUUCACAGAUUUACUGAUUUAGGGAUACAUUUCCUUAGGUGACAAGUUUACAUGUCAAGAGGAGUUUUAUUGCCUAGCACAGUGUUAAAGCAAUAUAAGGACCACUCCACCAUAACAACUUUAUCGCAAUUAUGUUGUUAUGGUGCAGUAAGUCCCAGGUGCUGGCUUACCUGAGGGGGUGAGACCACAAAGUCUGCAAGACAGCACCUGAUCGCCCUUCCCCUCCACUUCCUCUGAAGAUUGGAGGCUUCCUGAUUGCUUCAUAGUAAGUGGAGGGGAAGAGCAUUCAGGCCCCGUUUUCCAGACUUUAAGGUUAAACCAUUCAUUCAUAGUUUAACCACGUCAGGUAAGACAACCCCUGGGACCGCUUUGCAGGAUAACGUCAUAGAAAUAAAGUUGUUAUGGUGCCCAGAAUGGUCAUUUAAUUCUUUGUGUUAGGCAAUAAUACUCCUCUGGUUAAUAAUAAGGUGCCAUGAUCAUGGACACAAUCCAAAUUAACUUUCAGUACGUAUACACGAAUGUAUUUAUUUCUGGUUGAAAAUUAUCUACUGGUUGUCAGCUGCAAGAUAGAUUGUACAGAAAGUAUAUUUUUAUAUUUGUAAAAUAUUUUAGAUUUCUAAAUACUACACGUUGCCAUCAUCUGUAUGUCACUUAACUCCAGCAUAAUUAAACUUCUAAUUAAAAGCUGUACAUAAAGCAGUGUUUCUUAGCCUCUGGAUUCGUACUUGGAUUGCCAGAUCGCUAUGUAUACGGUCGGCCAGCAUGCCUGUAUGUGGACUUGAGCAACUGGUGAGAAAUCGAUUAAUUAAUCACAGCAAUACUAUUCUCUAUUUGUUAACUGAUCUCACAUCAGAAGAGCAUGACCAUUGUAAGUAGUGGAAUUUUGUCCUUUAACCCUUUAAGGACCAAACUUCUGGUAUAAAAGGGAAUCAUGACAUGUCACACAUGUCAUGUGUCCUUAAGGGGUUAAAGAAACACACCAAGCACCAUAACCACUACAGCUCACUGAAGUGCUUAUACUGAAAUAAGUGCCUUGAUGCCAUCCCUCCCAUUUUAAGUAGAACAGUUUGACUUCUUACCUGGGGACUUCCCGAUGCCAUUCUCCCACCACCACUACAACUGCAGAAACUCCAUGUGAGCAAACAGAGUGGUGCAAAGCUUAACUCACCGGCUGAGAGCAAUAAGCUGAUGCUCUACAGGAAAAAACAGGACUUUGUCAAUUCCAGAGAAGGUCCUUCACUCUGUUACUUCAUCUCUGCAACUGCUGGGAAAAAAAAAAGUACUUACCUGCACUGCACUUCCUUGUUGCAGUGACUCCCGUAGCCAAUAGAAAAAUUUCGUACACUCGGUUAUUAUUUUCUGAUGCAGUUCUGUACGUGUGCACAGCACUGCAAACAAUAAAUUGC